CGAAUGCAAAAAUAACAAAAGUUUUUGCAUGAGUCAUUAUUUUAGCUGCAACCUAUUCACAUUUAUACCCUCAACAGUAAAAACUGUGGAGAAUAUUUGAUGCUAUUCUACACUAAAAAAACUGAAUUAUUUUAUCUUAAUAAAUUUUUUAUUUCAAUCAAAGUGAGCAGGAAGUUUAUCUAUUGUGCAUCUGGGUGAUACCUGCCUGCAGAGGGAGGCUGAGGUUCAGUUUCCGAUCACCUGCAAGCUCUUCUGUUGCUUUAGACACACGCGCAGCUCGAUAAUUUACCCCCACAUCUUCCCUACCCUUGCUCCCGCAUGGAUCAGUCAGGGAAUUAGCCGCCCUGUUCGCGCGCAAUAAGCCAGUGGUUCAGAGAGCGCGCGGAUUGUCCACCAUCUCAGCCUCUCUGGCGAUGCAAUGUCCGAUCAUCAUUUAUUCACAUAAAGAAGUGUUUCUUCGCGGGCAUUGAGGGAUGAAACGGAAAAGAGCAUAUAUCCUUCAUAACAGCAAUGAGUGAGCCAUCCACUUUUCACUCAGUGAAGCUUGUUUCGUUGGCCCGAUCUCUGUCUGGGUUUGGACUUGAUCCUGCCAAUGGAGGGCCUGCAAACCCCCCAGAAGAUGAGGAGCCUCCACUGCCGGAGUCUGGUAUUGAUCUAGGACCUGGACUCUUUUUUGCUGAUGGCAAGAGGAAAGUGGAUUAUGUGCUUUGCUACAAAUACAAGAAAAGACGUUCAUCUAAGGGACGUCUCUCCAUCUCCUCCAACGGGACUGUGCCACUAAUUAUUCCAGUGCGAUCGGAAACUGAAGCAGAGUCUGGGGAGGCAGGCGCUGCAGCAGGAGAGCCAGAAGAGUCAAAGCUGACUGAGGAGGAAAAGGUUUUAAUGAGGGAGGAGUUCGAGGCUGGGCUGCUGGAGGCCGGGCUGCAGAUUGAGAGAGAUAAAGAGAGGGUGAAUGGUCUGGGGUUUAUUCGGCUGCACAUCCCAUGGUCCAUUCUCAGUCGUGAAGCCGAGCUGCAGAAGAUUAAAGUUGCGGUAAAGAAGAAAUGUGAGUUGCGGAAGCGGACCGGCAUUGCUGGAAAGUGGGAUUCUUUUGUUACCAAACUGAACAGACUAUUUCAGCCUGAUGUUCCUGACAUCGACGUCCACAGAGACUCGCAGUCACGGGUCCACUUCAAAACCCUCAAGCACCCCUUCAUCAGAGACAAGCUCCACCUAUACGAUAUCAAGUCAACAGCUACUCUGUUUGACAAUGCAACACGGAGCAGAAUAGUUGCAGAGAUAAUUUCACGCACUACCUGCACCCGCACUUGCCAAACCACAGGCAUUCACUCAUUACUGGCCCGAGGUGUUUAUGACUCUGCCUUCCCUCUGCAUGAUGGGUCGUUCACAAGAAGAGGACGGAGAGAUCAGCGAAAUGACAGACAGAUCCUCCAUGAGGAAUGGGCCAACUACGGAGUCAUGUUUAAAUAUCAGCCAGUGGAUCUGAUCAGGAAGUACUUUGGAGAGCAGAUUGGGUUGUAUUUUGCCUGGCUGGGUGUUUACACUCAGCUCCUCAUCCCUCCCUCUGUGCUGGGCAUCAUCGUCUUUCUGUACGGCAUAUUCACUGUUGACACCAACGUGCCAAGUCUGGAGACAUGUGAUGAGAACCUGAACAUCACAAUGUGUCCACUGUGUGAUGCUGUGUGUGACUACUGGAGGCUGAGUACGGUGUGUUCUCUGGCCCGAGCUUCUUACCUGUUCGACAACGGGGCUACUGUCUUCUUCGCUAUCUUCAUGUCGCUGUGGGCGGCUUGCUUCCUGGAACACUGGAAGAGGCGGCAGAUGUGUCUGAAGCAUACCUGGGACCUGACCAGUCUGGAGGAUGAGGAGGAUGAACUGAGGCCUGAAUAUGAAGAAGCUCUUCAGGAGAAAAAAGCUAAGCUGAGAGCACAGGCUAAGAAGAAGUUGACUCAAGCUGGAGAAGGUGUAGACGGAGAAACAGAUCAGAUGUUGGCCUCACAGCAAGAACCAGAGUCGCUGGACAUUGAGGACCACCUGUCAGGUUAUUUCAUCAAUGUGUCCGCCUUACUACUACUGAUUUUUGUGACCUUCUCAGCGGUGUUUGGGGUGGUUGUUUAUCGUAUCUGCAUGUUGAGCGUAUGGUCCAUGAACCCUGAUCCAGAAGCCAAAGCCAGUGUCAGGAUGACUGUCACCACCACAGGCAUCAUCCUCAACAUGCUGGUGGUUCUGGUGUUGGAGGAGGUUUAUGGAGCCAUCGCUGUGUGGCUGACUGAACUUGAACUCCCUAAGACAGAAGAAGAGUUUGGAGAAAGGUUAAUUUUUAAGUCGUUCUUCCUAAAAUCCAUGAACGCCUUUGCACCCAUUUUCUACGUUGCCUUCUUCAAGGGCAGGUUUGCUGGGCGACCUGGUGAUUAUGUUUACAUCUUUGAAGAUUACCGCAUGGAGGAGUGCGCUCCUCCGGGCUGCCUCAUUGAGCUCUGCAUACAGCUCAGCAUGAUCAUGCUUGGAAAGCAGCUCAUUCAAAACAACGUGUUUGAGAUUCUCAUACCAAAGCUGAAAAAGAUGUACAGAACAAUACAAGAGGAAAAAGGAAAGAAGCUAGCAGCGGAGGACGAGGAGAAUGAAAAGGAAGAGAAAAGACAAAAGCAACAGUUUGACAAAGAUUUCACCCUUGAACCGUUUGAGGGUGUCAGCCCGGAGUACAUGGAGAUGAUAAUCCAGUACGGAUUCGUGUCUUUGUUUGUGGCUUCCUUCCCGCUCGCUCCUGCUUUUGCGUUGCUAAACAACGUCAUCGAGAUUCGCCUCGAUGCUGCAAAGUUUGUCACCGAGAUCCGGCGACCCGAUGCUGUGAGGUGUAAAGAUAUAGGAAUUUGGUACAACAUUCUGUGUGGAAUCAGCAAGUUCUCUGUCAUUACCAAUGCGUUCGUCAUCUCCUUCACAUCAGAGUUUGUUCCACGGAUGGUUUACCAGUUCAUGUACAGUGUGAACGGCACCAUGAGCGGCUACACGGAGCACUCGCUGUCUUAUUUCAAUGUUAGCAACUUUCCUCCUGGCACAGCACCAACCACCACGCUCAUCACAGGUGUCAACAUGUGCAGAUAUAAAGACUACAGAGAUCCACCAUGGGAACCGGAUGCCUACACCUUCUCCAAACAGUACUGGUCUGUCCUUGCAGCUAGAUUGGCCUUUGUCAUUUUCUUCCAGAACUUGGCUAUGUUCCUCAGCAUGCUGGUUGCUUGGAUGAUCCCAGAUGUGCCGCGGUCACUGCGAGAUCAGCUGAAAAAAGAGAACAUGGCUUUGAUGGAGUUCCUGCUUAAUCAGGACCAAGAAGCACGUGCCAAAUCUCACUCUCCACAAUGCCCAACCCCUUGCUUCCCAGCCAGCAUAGAUGUUGUAGUGGAUGCUGCACCAGACGAGGAAGAAGAUGUGUGCCAAGUGGAAAAAGAUGAAGAAGAUGAAAGAGGUGAAGUGAGGGUUGAGCUCAGUCUGAUUGAACCCGGAGAGAAAUAUGACCAUAACCCAGAGGUUGGAAUGUCAGUAGAAGAUGUUGAAGAAGAAAACGAAGUAGAGCAAAAUGAUGCUAGUUUUGAAAGUGGUAAGGAAGACGGUGAAGAACAUGAAGAUGUGAGUAAAGAGGAAGAAAUGAAAGAAGAAGUAAAGGAGGAUGCUGCAAAGGCAGAUGAGUCUGAGAAUUUCACUGUAGAUUUGGACUCCUUGGUGCGUGACCUUGGCUUGUUGGAAGAAGAACCUUCGUCGAGCACGUCUGCAGACGUUGAAGUUCCUCGCUUAAACUCCAAAGACAAGAAACUUCCGUCAAAUCCUUCAUCACAAAGAGGCUCAUUGCAGAGUCUGAAGGGCUCCAGAGCUGAUCUUACAUCAUCAGCUGUUGAAAAUAGGAUGUUCGCUCUAAUAGCUCCUCCUCCCAGAGACUCUGACCCAAGGGUAAAGUCCCGCUGCUCCACCCUCCCUUCUCGAUACCGAGGGGCUGAGGCUUGCUACAGCCUGCCAAGGCCCAGCCUCUCCUCCAGCCUCACCAGGCUCCAGCAGCAGAGCGUGAUUUCUCCCUUCAUUCCUUUGGCCCCUUCCUCAACUAAAUCACCCAAAACAACUUCUCUCCCACACACGCCUGCUUCACUGUCAUUUUCACAGCCUCAAGUGGCUCGAAAGCCCCAUGCCUCAAGUGAACUAUUUGUGCUGAAAAGCACCCCGCCUCAGCCGCCACAUUCCAGGGUCAAAACCCGGUGCUCCACCCUGCCUCCACGACAGAGAGCGCCCGGCUCUGAGGAGCCACCUGCAAGGCCCAGUCAUUCUAGCAGCUGUGUGAAGCUCGGAGACCGCAACCCACCUCCGCCCAGUGAACUGAAGCGCAACGACACACCAGGAUGAGGCUGCAGAGGGAGGGGAGGACUACCCGCAUUAGCCUCUUGUGUUUGUGCCUAGGGCUACAUCCUUCUUGUUGUCCUCUACAUCUACAUCCGGUUUCAAACAAGAAUAUCCAGAUCAAAUGGACCACAGUUAACAAUAGUCAGUGGUUUACUAAAGAACAAUAAAAAAUGGACCAGGACAUCACUUUGUAUUUUAUUAUCUGUUUGGGACAUUAUUGUAUUUUAUUUUUAUUUAUUUUUUCAUGUGUGUUGGUUUGUUUUUCCCACUCAAUAGUGAAAUUCUUGGAUUUUCAGCAGUUUUUUUUAUGUUUUGUUGACACACCUGUAGCAUCGCUGCUGUGUAGAUCAGUGGCAUGAUGACAAUAUCCACAUUACAGCCUGGAUUCAACAGUUACGCUUUGUAGCUUUGCAGUUUCAUCCUAGAGGUUUUGAUAUAAUCACAAAUUGAAAAUCUAAUAAAAGAACAACUUUUUCUAAA